CCUUUCGUGCCGCCGCCAAGAUGGCGGCGCCCAUGUUGCGGUGCUUUUCCCGGUGCUGGUGGUCUGGGACCCCAGGCUUGUCAGGAGUUUUGGCUCUGGGGCUGCGCAAGGCCCACUCGGGCGCUCAGGGUUUACUAGCGGCGCAGAAGGCUCGGGGUCUGUUUAAGGACUUCUUCCCCGAGAGGGGUACGAAGCUAGAGCUCCCACAGCUGUUCGACCGUAGCGCGGCGGGCUACUCUCCUCAGACUAUCUACUGUGGCUUCGACCCCACGGGGGACUCGCUCCACGUGGGACACCUGCUAGCGCUGUUGAGCCUGUUUCACUUCCAGCGAGCUGGCCACAACGUGAUCGCGCUGGUGGGAGGCGCCACCGCGCGCCUGGGAGACCCCAGCGGCCGAACCAAAGAGCGCGAGGCGCUGGAUGCGGAGCGCGUAGGAGCCAACGCUCGCGCCCUCCGCCUCGGGCUUGAGGCCCUGGCGGCUAAUCACCAGCAGCUCUUCACUGAUGGGCGGACCUGGGGCAGCUUCACGGUGUUGGACAACUCGGCCUGGUACCAGAAGCAGCACCUGGUCGACUUCCUGGCAGCUGUGGGUGGCCACUUCCGAAUGGGCACGCUGCUGAGCAGACUGAGCGUGCAGACGCGACUCCAGAGCCCCGAGGGCAUGAGCUUGGCCGAGUUCUUUUACCAGGUGCUCCAGGCCUAUGACUUCUAUUACCUGUUCCAGCGUUAUGGAUGCCGGGUCCAGCUGGGUGGGUCUGAUCAGCUGGGCAACAUCGUGUCUGGAUACGAGUUUAUCCACAAGUUGACUGGAGAAGAUGUAUUUGGAAUCACUGUUCCUUUAAUUACAAAUACAACUGGAGCAAAGCUGGGAAAGUCUGCUGGCAAUGCUGUUUGGCUAAACAGAGAUAAGACAUCUCCAUUUGAAUUAUAUCAAUUCUUUGUGAGACUGCAAGAUGAUUCUGUUGAAAGGUACCUGAAACUCUUCACUUUUCUGCCUCUUCCGGAAAUUGACCAUAUUAUGCAGCUGCAUGUCAAAGAACCAGAAAAGCGGAGUGCUCAGAAACGACUUGCUGCAGAAGUAACAAAGCUUGUUCAUGGACGAGAAGGACUGGAUUCUGCUAAAAGGUGUACACAAGCCCUUUAUCAUAGUAGUAUAGAUGCACUAGAGGUCAUGUCGGAUCAAGAGUUAAAAGAGUUGUUUAAAGAAGCUUCAUUUUCUGAAUUAGUUCUUGACCCUGGAACAAGUGUCCUAGAUACAUGCCGCAAAGCAAAUGCCAUUCCAGAUGGUCCCCGAGGGUAUCGAAUGAUAACAGAAGGUGGAGUCAGUAUAAAUCAUCGACAAGUAACAAAUCCCGAGUGUGUUUUAGUUGUUGGACAACAUAUUCUCAAGAAUGGACUUUCCUUACUUAAAAUAGGAAAAAGGAAUUUCUACAUUAUAAAAUGGCUUCAGUUAUGAUGAAAAAUCCUUUUGGUUGUUCAGACUUACCCAUCAUUCAUUCUCAAAACAUGAAAGGUUGGCUUCAGAACAAAAAACAGAGAAUGGAAUAUAUAUUAGACCUCACAAUGUGAGUAAUUUAAUUGUUUUAUAGAUUGGUUAAUAAAUAAGUUGUUUAUUUAAU